CGUUCUCUUCCUCAUCCCUUUCCCCUCUCGGUGUGCCACCGAGAGCCAACAGUGCUAGAGUUCACCUCCACGUUUCGUCACUUGACAGUGGAGGCCUAGCCCAGUAGAAGUGUCACGAUGCCGCCCAAAAGGUCAAUGGAGGAGACGGAUCGGUUGACGCGUAUCGCAAUCGUCAAUUCCGACAAGUGUAAACCAAAAAGAUGCAGACAGGAGUGCAAACGCUCGUGCCCAGUUGUUAGAAUGGGAAAACUCUGCAUUGAAGUCACUCCAAACAGCAAAAUAGCCUCCAUAUCCGAAGAAUUGUGCAUUGGAUGUGGUAUUUGUGUUAAGAAAUGUCCCUUCGAGGCGAUAUCGAUAAUAAACCUACCCAGCAACUUGGAGAAGGAGACAACCCACAGAUACUCCAAGAACUCCUUCAAGCUCCACCGCCUCCCCAUCCCUCGCCCCGGCGAGGUCCUAGGUCUAGUAGGCACCAACGGAAUUGGCAAAUCGACAGCUCUGAAAAUUCUCGCUGGUAAACAGAAGCCAAAUCUGGGUCGUUUCUCCGACCCCCCCGACUGGACCGAGAUUCUGAGCCACUUUCGAGGCUCCGAGCUCCAAAACUACUUCACAAAAAUCCUCGAGGACGACCUGAAAGCCCUCAUCAAGCCCCAGUACGUCGACCAAAUACCCAAGGCAGUGAAGGGAACAGUUCAGCAGCUUCUCGACAAAAAAGACGAGUGCGACAAGCAGCAGGAGAUCUGCAAAAUGCUAGACCUCACCCACAUUCGUGAUCGCGAGAUUCAGGCCCUGUCCGGGGGUGAACUCCAGCGAUUUGCCUGCGCAAUGGUGUGCAUUCAGGACGGCGACAUCUUCAUGUUCGACGAGCCCUCAUCCUACCUGGACGUCAAGCAACGUCUGAACGCUGCUGUGACGAUAAGAUCCCUGAUCCACCCUGACAAAUUCAUAAUCGUCGUUGAGCACGACUUGUCAGUCCUGGAUUACCUCUCAGACUUCAUCUGCUGUCUCUACGGUGUGCCUGGUGCAUAUGGAGUGGUCACUAUGCCCUUCUCAGUUCGGGAGGGCAUCAACAUCUUCCUGGAUGGCUUUGUGCCAACCGAGAAUCUUCGUUUCAGGGAGGAAUCUCUCGUCUUCAAAGUGUCUGAGAGCUGCACGGAGGAGGAGGUGAAACGAAUGAAUCAUUAUGAGUAUCCGGCAAUGACCAAGACCAUGGGAUCCUUCAGUCUCAAUGUGGAGAAGGGACAGUUCACUGAUUCCGAGAUACUUGUGCUGCUUGGGGAGAAUGGCACUGGCAAAACUACCUUCAUCAGAAUGCUCGCUGGUAAUCUGCCACCGGACGAGGGCUCUGGAAACAUUCCCAUGCUGCAUAUCAGCUACAAACCACAGAAGAUCAGCCCCAAGAGUCAAGGAAUUGUCAGGCAACUGCUGCACGAGAAGAUUCGUGAUGCCUAUGUUCAUCCUCAAUUCAUUACUGAUGUCAUGAAACCGUUGAAGAUCGAUGAUAUCAUGGAUCAGGAGGUGCAGAAUCUCUCCGGGGGAGAGUUGCAGAGGGUUGCUAUGGCACUUUGUCUCGGGAAACCUGCGGAUGUCUAUCUGAUUGACGAACCCUCGGCUUAUCUGGAUUCUGAACAACGUUUGGUAGCUGCCAAGGUUAUCAAACGGUUUAUUCUGCACGCGAAGAAGACUGGGUUUGUGGUCGAGCACGACUUCAUCAUGGCGACGUAUCUCGCGGAUAGGGUCAUUGUUUUCUCGGGGGAGCCAUCGUUGAAGACCACUGCACACACCCCUCAGUCGUUGCUGAAUGGGAUGAAUCGGUUCUUGGAACUGCUGGGGAUCACUUUCAGGCGGGAUCCUAAUAACUUCAGACCGAGGAUUAAUAAGAGCCAGUCGGUGAAGGAUUUGGAUCAAAAACGAGCCGGGCAGUACUUCUUCCUGGAGGAGUAAUGGGUGAAACAUUCGAGAACUUUGCAUUUUACCUCGGCGGUGCUGCAAAUCAAUCAAGUAAAAAACUCAUCAACUGCUGCCAACUUACAAUUGAUCGAAUGAGUAAAACGUCUAUGGAUAUAUACGAAUAAUGGAGAAGGAUGUGUAAUAAAAAUUGUCAAACAGGAUAAAUAACCUCAGUGAAUGAAUUCGAAUAAUUUUCAUCUGUGUUAUUAUUCAGGUUUGAGAUCGAUCCUCUAUUCUGAUUGAAAAUGUAAAUUUUUUUAGAAUAUUUUGUACGAAUAUUUUAACCAACACAGAUCGUUUAUUUCUCUCAAUAUCAUUGGCAGUUUCUCCAAGUUGGCUGUUAUACAUCUAUAACAAUAAAGUGAAAGAUUUCUCAUGGACAA